AUGUCGAACGGCAUACCCUCAUCUCGAUCCUCGGCCACGAGCUCACGCUCAUGUAAGGCCCUCAGAAAGCGAGUCAAAUGUCAGCAGAUUGAACACGACGGCGCGGUUGACGAUGACGAUAACACGGAAGAAGGACCCCCGCGGCCCCUCCCCAAGAGUGACUACAAGUCCAUGUACAAAUGGUGGAAUGACGAAUACCGCCUGGCUGCGGUCUGCGCCGUCGGGGCCAUCGUCCUCGGCAUCAUCUUCAAGCACUACGACCGGCAGCCAAUCCCCCAACUGAUGAAUGGCGACCUCGACUUCGAUGUCAUCAUUGUAGCCAUGUUCACUUGCGUCCGCGUAGCCAUGAGCGGAAUUGUCGAGACCUCCAUUAGCCAAUCUGCCUGGAUCUGGGUAUCUGAGGCCCGGCAACGUCGCACCAAUAACAGUCGAGCCAGGUUGGAAGACUUCAAGAUAUACGACGAGGCUUCGCGCGGGCUUUGGGGCAGCUUGUAUCUCUUGUGGCGACUGAGAGGAAGACAUCUUGCUUGUAUUGGCGCCUUGAUUGUCAUUCUUGUCCACGGACUCGAGGCAUCCUCCCAGCAGCUCUACCGGUACGAGGGCCAGCCACGACAAAGCCUUGAUAAACCCGAAGACUACACUGUCUCUCGGGGCCUUGACCCGCUACCGGCUCUCAAUGUGUCCACCAAAGCAGCCGUAUACAGCGGUAUCCUAUCCGUGGAUGUCAAGAACCUGGAUCUCGAAUGCUCCGGUGUCAACUGCACGUGGCCCAUCGUGCCAACGCUGGCAGUUUGCGGCGAGUGCAACCCCCUAGACAUAAGGACUAUAUGUAUCGACAAAUCGCAAACGUGCCGGUACAGCUUGCCCAGAGGCACAUCAGUGGAAAUCAGCCGAAAUGCACCGACCACGGAGCGAUUCAAGACAUCAGCCUCGGAGGGCAUCAUGCACCGAAUGAACUCGACGACGCAAACAUAUAUAUCCGUCUUCGACGUCCUGUGGGUCAGGAAAAGCAAGCGAGAGACGAAAAGUAUUGCUCAGGAAUGCGCCUUGUGGUUCUGCAUGAAGAGCUUUAACUUUACGAUCACCGAAAGCCAGCUUAAGCAAAAGCUUACCAUGAGCUGGAACACAACGCGGUUUGAAUUGGGCAACAGCGCGCACGGCGACGAGUACGUCUUCGUCGAUAUCCCAGCAAAAGACAUGAACGUUGCGCCAGAGUCCAGGUACAGUAUUUCCAAAAAAGCGCUGGCUGCAUUGCGGAGGUUCGUCGACCCGCUUGUCGAAACCACGUACGAGAAACAAUACACGAUCAUCAACUUUUCGUCAGAUUGGGCCGAAGGGAUCUACAACGCGAGAGAAAAACUACCGGAAUGGAUUGGCCGAUUUAGCAUCAGUCUGACGAAUGAGGUGCGGCUCCACGGCGAGAUUCGGGACAAGGACCGACAUCGAUAUACCGGACGAGCGUAUGAGAUGGUGCAGGUCAUUAUGGUAGACUGGCUGUGGAUGCUGUUCCCAACAGGCCUAAUCAUUAUCAGCAUCUACUACCUCUUGCAUACUAUCAUCAGAGGCGCUCGCGACGGCAUAUCGGUGUGGAAAAGCGACUCGUUGCCGAUGCUCUUCUGUCGGAUUGAUGCCUCGAUUCUCGCAAAGGUCGGCGAUGGUAUGGAUGUGCCCAACGGACUGGAUGUAGCUGUCGGUAAUGUCAAUGUUUGCUUACUUAGGGAAGAUGAUGGCGACUGGGUGUUCAAGCCAAUCGAGAGCGAGGAGUCGUCUUCUUCGUCGUCGUCGUCCGAAUUUGAUUCUGACUGA